UGACAAAACUGAGGCAAACAAAUGAAAAUGUCAUCCUAUUUGGCUCAGGAGGUUCACCUUGCUAGAAGACACGAAGAGAUACUGUCUCAGAGAUCAGAGCUGCUACAGCAGAUGGAGACUUAUCUAGGAGACAAAAAGACUAAAAAGACAUGGCAAACUCAAGCAGCUGAUGCAGCUCAUAAAAGGAAUGCAGCACUUUUAAAUGAUAUAGAAGCAGCAGAAAAAAAGCUGCAAGCAAGAGUGUAUUUACUUCCACAUCCCGAUACUGUUAAGUUAGAAACUCUCUAUUGGGCAUCAAUAAAAGACUCUCUUCCCAAGUGGGAACAGUUUCUUUUAGGAAGAGCAGAAGUUCCUCUUGAUUUUAAGAAAACGAAAACUACAAAACAGAACAUAAGCUACCCAGAAGAAGAUUCUCAAAAAUAAACAGCCUAGUUUCAUUUUGUUUUGUAAUUUAUGGCUUUAAGCAGACAAGAUCAUCCAGAUCAGGCAACAGAAUAUCAUGCCAUUAAAUUGUAAUGUAAAUAAUUUAAAUGAAAAUGAACUAUAUUGGAUAAUUUGCUUCCGUUGUUGCAUUGUGUGCAAUUCAUUGUUUUUAUUCUGUAUUAGAGAAGCAAUGCUCAAAGGGGCUUUUAUGAUCAAAAAUGAGAAAUGUUGGUGUAUAGAAACCCACCGAGGCAAUUGCUUUUUCAGUAUGAGAAGACUUUUAGGUUAUUUUUAAUCCUCUGCUUCUACAUAUAAGUGGGAUAAGUAAGGACAGAUCCAUGCAUUA